AUGCCUUGGAAAUUUGAGAAAAUCAAGAACUUUUUGCUAACAUCCCAGAAGAAGUAUGCAAAAUUCAUCAAGAACAAGAUCAAUAGUAACAAGGAUAAUAUGAAAUUCAAGGUUCAGUGCAGCAGGUGUCUUUAUACCCUGGUCAGCACAGACAGGGAGAAGGCAGAGAUAUUGAAGCAGUCCCUGCCCCCUGGUUUGGCAGCGAAGGAGCUUAAAUGA